AUUCACCUCACGCGUGUUGAAAUUAUAAUAUAGAACGUAUUAUACGUUCUCUGUAUAGCGUUUGGUGUUUGACAAUUUACACUCUACACAGUUUCAUUCAGAUAACGUCAAAUAUGUCAAAAACGAAAACAACGAAAAUCGAAAACACACAAAAUUGAAAAAAUAUGAUUCACACCCCCGGAAAAAAUCAAAAUUAGGAAUACAUGAAAAUACGCGUUUUUUUAUUUGAGUUGUAAGCAGGAUUAUCGAAGCAAUUACCAAAUAGCGUGAUUAAAAAACGCCCGCUUAUAUGUACUUAGGACAAGUGUGUAGCAAUUUGUUCGAAUGUUAUUGAACUAAUAUUUUAUUUAAUACAAAUGAAAUGCUAACAAAUGUUUUUUGAAGUAUUCACAGUCCUUGCAUAAAGGGAAUUUAGCCGUUAUAAAGACAACUGAGAUUGAUUAAACCUUAGCGUUCAUAUGAUUUAUCAAUAACAGACGGUGGUAUAAAUACUACUUAUAUUAACUGAUCAUAAAGAGAUUAUCAAAGUUGAUCGGAGCAAAUAUUAUUUGGAAAUACGGGACAUAGGGCACAAGAAUGGCUCCUCUCUCUUGCCCUACGGACUCCAUCGAUUUUUGGAGGAAUGAGGUGCCAGAACGCGCCGAAAUCAGCUGCCUUAUGCCAAAUGGAAUUCUUAUUCUAACUGUAGUGCCCAUCAAUUGUACUAUCCGGGAAAUCAAAACGGAAGUUAUUAGAGAAGCAAAAAACUUUCCGCUAUGUCAUUUAAUAAAGGAUCCCUGUGACUAUGAAGUUAGUGGUAUUUCAAAUUUUGCUAAUGUUGAUUGUUUCACCGACGAAACAAAACGUCUAUCGGAAAUACAACCAUUUUUUUGUUUACUUCGAUUGGGAGAACGCACAGAACCCUCAACAAUAUCAAGUGAUUAUGAACUAUCCAAGUUGGUUAGCAAUAUGAUUGGGAAAUCAUUUGAAGAAUAUAGUGCGCAACGUACUCCCGAGGUAGAUGAUUUUCGACGCAAACUAGCACAUCUUUGUGAUAAAAUGGAACAGGUGCGAUCUCGAUUCACUUGGUCAGAGAAGCUACUCUACGAACAUCCAAUGCGUAUUGCAAAUACCCCGGUUAUGCCUGAAUUAAUACGUAAACGAUUGGGUGGUACAAGUUUUCUUAUAGUUGUUAAAUUAGAGAAUGACGAAGGCUCCUAUACAAUUCCUGUUAGUGAACAUGAUACUUCAAGUACAGUGAUUGAAUCUGCACUAAUGAAGAUGCAGCGUUCUCAAAUAAGAGUAGGAGAUCGGCCAUCAGACUAUAUAUUAAAAGUACGUGGUCGCGACGAAUUUAUUUUCGGUGAAUACCCAAUUAUACAGUUCAUAUAUAUACAGGAAAGUCUUUCCGGCUCCGAUGUGCCCAAUGUAGUUUUAAAACCUAUACACACACUGCAAUCGUACAUAAACUACAGAAAUGAUUUGAAUUUUUCCACCAAGCGAACACGAAAGCCGGAAUAUAAUCCUCCAUCUCUGCUUAACGAUCCGGGUCAAGAGCGAAAAGCCACUUCGUCAUGGGACAUAUUAAAUUUUUUUAAAUUGCGUGUACACCAAAUCGAAAAUGUAAAUUGUGAUCUCUCGCGUGCUAUCAAGGUGGGUGUACACAUUGGUCUUUUCCAUGGGGAGCGUCGUCUUUGUGCAACACAAUCUGUUGAAAUCGCGAUUAGUAACAAUCGUUCAUUUACAUUCGAGAAAGAAAUUACUUUCGAUAUAUCAGUACAAAAUUUACCACGAAUGGCGCGUUUAUGCAUGGUUAUCUACGAAGUAACGAAAGCAUCAAGAUCCAAAAAAUCUUCAAACACAAAUCGUGAUAAUAUUUACAAAGAAGCCAACACAUAUGUAAAUAAUAAUCCGUUGGCUUGGGUUAAUACGACCAUAUUUGACUAUAAACAUCAAAUGCGCUCUGGGUGUCUCGCACUUUACACAUGGACUUACGCAGAUGAUAUUCAAUCGGAUGAAAUUUUCCAUCCCCUAGGUACGAUUGAACCAAACCCUCGUAAAGAUGGAUGUGCUAUAGUGAAACUAGCAUUUCACUGUUACGAUCAUGAAAAUGUACAGUUUCCACGGAUGAUGGCGGUUCUGAAGUAUGCAGAAGAGUUACAUCAAGUUGAAGUUUUUAGUAGUGAUAAAUUGCAUGAAAACUCCAAACCGAUCAGUGUUAUGUUAUCACAAUAUCUUCGCAUUGAUAAAAUAUACGAAAUGCAUGAUCAGGAUCGCAAUGCACUUUGGUCGAGAAGAUACGAACUUUUGGCCGAAGCGCCUGAGGAAUUAUCCACUUUGCUGCACUGUGUUAACUGGAACGAACGUGACGAAGUAGCCGAGACUUGGAAUCUAUUGCAACAAUGGCCUACAAUAUCAGUAGAAAGAUCUCUUGAAUUACUAGACUAUGCUUAUCCGGAUCCGGCGGUUCGAAGUUUUGCCAUACGUUGCCUCCAGUUUUUAAGAGAUGAGGAAUUAUUAUUAUAUCUAUUACAACUGGUGCAAGCCAUGAAACAUGAGUCUUAUUUAGACUGCGAUUUAGUAACAUUUCUUCUUGAAAGAGCGUUGCGCAAUCAAAGAAUUGGUCACUAUUUUUUUUGGCACUUGCGAUCCGAAAUGCAAACACUCUCAAUGCAGACUCGAUUUGGACUAUUACUUGAAGGGUACCUAAAAGGCUGCAAACCACACGUGCCUCAUCUUUGUAAACAGCUCAAAGUUUUAGACGCACUCAAAGCUGGUUCUUUGAUCGCCAAAAAAGGAAGCAAGGAAAAAGGUCGCAAGGAGAUGCAGGAUUUCCUUUCGAGUCCAAGCAAUAGCAGUAUAUUCCAGAGCAUACAAAACCCAUUGAAUCCCAGCUUUCGAUGCAAAGGGAUACAACCUGAAAAAUGCAAAGUAAUGGACUCGAAAAUGAGGCCACUUUGGAUUGUAUUAAAAAAUGCUGAUCAAAGUUGUAAUGAUAUUUAUAUAAUUUUCAAAAAUGGCGACGAUUUACGACAGGAUAUGUUAACCUUGCAAAUGCUACGUGUCAUGGACCAAUUAUGGAAGAAUGAAGGUAUGGAUUUUCGCAUGAAUAUUUACAACUGCAUUAGUAUGGAGCGUCGUUUAGGAAUGAUCGAAGUUGUGCUAAAUGCCGAAACAAUCGCCAAUAUACAAAAAGAGAAGGGUAUGUUCUCAGCAACAUCACCUUUUAAGAAAGGCUCCUUAUUUAGUUGGUUGAAGGAAUAUAAUCGUACUGAAGAUGAAAUGAAUAAAGCAAUAAACGAAUUUACAUUAAGUUGUGCUGGGUAUUGUGUGGCCACCUAUGUUCUAGGCGUGGCUGACCGACAUUCAGAUAACAUAAUGGUCAAACGUAACGGACAGCUUUUUCAUAUUGAUUUCGGUCACAUACUAGGCCAUUUCAAGGAGAAAUUUGGUGUGCGUCGUGAGCGAGUUCCUUUUGUACUAACACAUGAUUUUGUAUAUGUUAUAAGUAAAGGACGUAACGACCGAGAUUCCGAAGAAUUUCUUUAUUUUCAAAAUAUGUGCGAAAAGGCAUUUUUAGUGUUACGAAAACAUGGCUGUCUCAUACUAUCUUUAUUUUCAAUGAUGAUAUCAACCGGACUGCCAGAACUAUCCUCUGAAAAAGAUCUGAAUUACUUAAAGGAAACUCUGGUUCUUGACUAUACCGAGGAGAAAGCCCGCGAGCACUUCCGUUCAAAGUUCAGCGAAGCUUUAGUCAACUCUUGGAAGACUUCUUUGAAUUGGGCUUCGCAUAAUUUUUCAAAAAAUAAUAAACAGUAGACAAAUGCAUUUGAAGUAUUAACGCAUAAA